AUCCAGGACUACGCAAGAGUUCCCUCUCAAAUAAUCUCAUGGUCUGUCCCGUAACCCACCAGGGUCAGGAAAUGGAGGAAUAAAGUGGUAUCGUAGGGUGGAGAAACAGACAGACAGGGCGGUCGUACCACUCCAAACGCUCAGAGCAAGACUGAGAUUUUUGUGCGACAAGACUUGCUACAAAGAUGAGUGACGAAAAUCGACCGCAGGUUGAACUUUUCGUAAAGGCAGGCAGUGACGGCCAGAGCAUCGGCAACUGUCCUUUCUCCCAGCGCCUGUUCAUGGUGCUGUGGCUGAAAGGAGUCACCUUUAAUGUCACCACAGUGGACAUGAAGAGGAAGCCAGACAUCCUGAAGGACCUGGCUCCUGGGGCCCAGCCUCCUUUCCUGCUGUACGGGACAGAGGUGAAGACCGACACCAACAAGAUAGAGGAGUUCCUGGAGGAGAACCUGGCCCCUCCUAAGUAUCCUCGUCUGGCAGCCCAGAACCCAGAGUCCAACACGGCCGGGCUGGAUGUGUUCUCCAAGUUCUCAGCCUACAUCAAGAACUCAAACCCCCAGCUCAACGACAAUCUAGAGAAAGGCCUGCUGAAGGCUCUGAAGAAGCUUGAUGACUACCUCGGCUCUCCACUUCCUGACGAGAUCGAUGAGAAUAGCGCAGAUGAUGUCACUUCCUCUUCCCGCCCCUUCCUGGACGGCCAGGCCCUGACGCUGGCUGACUGCAACCUGCUGCCCAAGCUGCACAUCGUCAAGGUGGUGUGUCUGAAGUACCGAAGCUACGCCAUCCCCCGCUCCCUGGCUAACCUGUGGCGGUACCUGGACGCAGCCUACGCCCGUGAGGAGUUCUCCUCCACCUGCCCCAACGACGCCGAGAUCCACAUGGCCUACGCCUCCGUGGCCAAGGCUCUCAAGUAGAGGGGGAGGGAGGGAGGGAGGCAGGGGGUGA